AUGGCUGGCCCAAAGUCAUCCUCAAAGACCUCACCUGCGUCGUCGGAAACCUAUGUGGCAGUUUCAACGUUAUGGAAAUCAUACCUUGAUCAGACCCCCAACCGCCUCAAGUUCAUCGACGCUUACUUGGCGUUCACUGUGCUUAGCGGAGUACUGCAGUUCGUGUAUUGCGUACUUGUCACGAACUAUCCUUUCAAUGCAUUCCUUGCUGGGUUUGCAAGUUCAGUAGGCCAAUUCGUUCUCACUGCAUCCCUCCGCGCACAAGUCAACCCCGAAAACAGAUCUGAGUUCAAGGAAGUCUCGCCUGAAAGAGCAUUUGCAGACUUUGCCCUUGGCUCUAUUGUGCUGCACUUCUUCGUAUUUAAUUUCCUCGGAUAA